AUGCGUCUCCCCUCCCUUAGCGCCGGGCUCUUGGCUGUCAGCUCGCUGUGGACUGCCGUCUCAGCUACCCCGGGUCAUGGCGUCCAGCUGACUGGCAAGCAUAAAAUUACUCCCAAGGUCUUUAUCGUGUCCAUGUUUGCUCCAGAAGCUGAGGCUUGGUGGGAUAUUCCUGAAUUCAACCUGUUGGCGCACAAUAUCACGGUCCCAGGUCUGUCGCCUCUCUUCCCGGAUGUCCACUGCACGGCCGACUACAGCGUCUGCCAGCUCGUCACCGGUGAAGGCGAGAUCAACGCCGCCGUGACCCUAUCCUCGCUUCUGUUCUCUCCCAUCUUCGACCUCACGCACACCUACUUCUUCGUGGCAGGCAUUGCCGGUGUCAACCCGAAGGUGACGACGAUCAACUCGGCGACUUUUGCGCGGUACGCCGUGCAGGUUGCGCUGCAGUAUGAGAUCGACCUGCGUGAGCUGCCCGACAACUGGACGACCAGCUACUUCCCGCAGGGCGCCCAGAAGCCAUUCGAGUACCCGACCUCGAUCUACGGAACCGAGGUGUUUGAGCUGAACGCUGACCUCCGCUCGAUUGCGGCUUCGUUUGCUCGUCGCGCGAACCUCUCCGACUCGACCGCUGCUCAGGAAUACCGCGCCAAGUACACUACCGACGAUGAAGUCUAUGCCGCGGGCACUAAGGCGCCGUCCGUAGUGGAAUGCGACGUCACCACCACCGAUGUGUACUUCAGCGGCAGUCUGCUGAGCGACGCCUUUGACAAGACCACCAGCGUGCUUACAAACGGCACUGGUGUGUACUGCUCGACGGCUCAGGAAGACAACGCGACUCUGGAGGCUUUGCUGCGCGCGGCCAAGCACAACCUCACCGAUUUCUCGCGUAUCAUCGUCAUGCGCACGGGAUCGGACUUUGAGCGCGGAUAUGAAGGCCAGUCUGCGCUGGACAACCUGUUGUACGCAGACCAGGGCGCAUUCGAGCCUGCAGUGCAGAAUUUGUACAACGCUGGUGUGCAGGUUGUUCAGGGUAUCCUGCGCGGGUGGGACACCACCUUCGCUGCUGGCGUCAAGCCCAGCAACUACAUCGGUGACAUCUUCGGUACUCUGGGUGGCAAGCCGGACUUUGGGCCUGGAAGCGAGCAGGCGAAGGAGGACGCUGGGGCGUUGACCAAGCGUGGGAUGGGUCUGGCAAAGAGAAGCCGGAGCGUGCGGAGGUAA